AUGGCAUCAUAAGUAGUACCUUUGCAAUCUCAAGAAAUUGAAUAUCUCCAAACCGAGAUGAAUCAAUCUGCUAUGUCUAGAGAGAUUGUUCCUAAAUCUGGACAUUCCUCACAUUAAAAAAGAGGAACUGUUUAAUUAUUUAACGAAAAAGAUGAGGAAGUUAAUUCAAUAGUAGAUUUAACAAUAAUAAUGAUUGGAAUCAUGAGUGGAAGUUUUACAUUUGGAUAUGCAAUAACUUAUUUAACUCUUUCAUUUGACACAGUUUUUGAUCAAAUGUAAAAUGAUUGUUCUAAUAUUUUAUAGAGAAUUGAAAGGUACUAUAAAUGAAGAGCAAGGUUUGUUCAGUGCAAUUUUACCUAUUGGAUGUAUAGUUGGAGCAGUUUCUUCACACUUUCUAAUGUAGGUUUUAACUAGGAAUUAGACACUCAUAAUAGCAGAUAUUUGUGGAAUGUUAAGUAUUUUAUCUUUGGUUCCAAUAAGAGAGAUGAUCUUAGCCUUUAGAUUUAUGUAUGGAGUCUGUAAUGGGAUUUCAUGUAUUGUCAUGCCAAUAUACAUAAAGGAGUUGUGUCCUUAAAAAUAUUAUGAACGAUUUUCUGUUAUGGCAGGCUUUUUGAUUGGAAUAGGAGUUUUGACGGCUUAUAUAAUGGGUUUGGGAUAUUUGAAUCCAGAUUUGAGAGGACCAAAUACCUACUGGUGGUAACUUAUGUUUGCUUUACCUCCUGUAGUUUUUUUCUUUCGGCAAUUAAUUGUAACUGUCAUUUACCAAAUGGACAGUCCAAUAUCGUUACUUGAAAAAGGAUUGCAAUUAUAAGCUAAAAAUGUAGUGGAAAGGCUUUAUACAAAAAAUUCUGUAGAAUAGGCAUUUUUGAAGGCUCAACUUAGAGUUCAAUAUAAUGAAGAACAUAAAGAGGGAUUAAUCAAAAUAUUUUCAAAAAAACAUUGUACAACAGUGUCAAUAGGUUGUGUUUUAAUGUUUAUUUAUACUUGGUGCGGAAUUUUUGCUGUGUUUUCUUAUAGUUCAUAAUUUUUUGCAUCGAUGGGAGAUGAUGAUUUAACUUUGAAUACAAUAUUUUCCUUAGUUUUAGGAAUUUCAUAGUAGUUGCCAGCCUAUGUGUCCAAAUUUUUUUAUAGUAAAUGGGGAAAGAGGUCUUUACUAAUUUUUGGUCUUAUUUUCAUUAUCUGUUGUUAAAUAAUAGUGAUAGGAUUAAGUUAUACUGAGAAUGAGGCUGCAGUGAUCAUUAGAUUUGUAGUUCUAUGCUUAUUCGCAUUUGUUUAUGCUUUGACAAUCUCCCCCAUAUGUUGGGUAAUUUAUUUAUAUCAUGUAAUAGUCAAUGACACCAGAAAUUAAUUCAUCAGAAGGAACCUACUUUUGUAUUAUUUCAGUGUUUGUAUGGUAAUUGUUCAUGCUUUACGUAUUUCCAUUUAUGUUGGAGGGUAUGUCCAUGACAGGAUCUUUUAUUUUAUUUACCAUUUUGACUUUCUUAUGUUUGAUAUUUAGUUACUUUUUCGUAAAAGAAACUAAGGGUCUUAAUCAUAGAGAAAUAGAUAUUUUAUAUGGUAAAGGAGAAUGA